AUGUCGAGGCCCGCCGUUGGGUGCGGAUGGUUGGGCGGCCGACGUUCCUCCGCGGCGGAGCGCCCGCCCUUUGGACGGACAGACGUGCUCCUCGGCAUCGACCUCAAGGAUGAGGCGCAGGGCUAUGCGAUCAACCAAUACGAGGUCGAGCAACGCCUCGCCGAGAGCGUGAAGCGGGGCGCCGACGAUGUCAAGGUCUCGCCCGACAUCGUACUCGCCUACCAGGCGGGCCCACGAACGCCGCCUCGAGGAGCUGCACAGGCACUCGGUUCCGAGACGCUCGCCGAGACAGUCUCGCUCGGCAACGGCUUCCACGGCGUUCUCGCCCGCGAGCACGCGAGGGACGUCAAGUCGACGCGCGAACCCAUCGCGCUGCACGAUUUCGAGCUCCCAAAGGCCCGUCCAAGCGGCACGUCGGGCUCGUAG